AUGUCAGCCUACCCAGACGAGAAAGCCCUCCAAGGAGGUCAAUCCGCCUACCCUCAACAAACCGCGUACCCACAACAGACCUACGGUGAACCCUCCCAACAACAAUACUUCACACAACCACCAGCACCAGCAGUCGGAGGGUCAUCGUACCCAGGCGCUGUCCCGGGCCCACCCACAGAGUUCAUGGACCCAGCCAUCCCCCGACCCAACGAUAUCUUGCCCCUCCACCCGGCCAUCAUCCAGCAGCGCCGGAUUGCUGCUUCAUUGCCACCUUGGGUGAAUGCGGGCACGUUCAUGUCGAUUGUCUGCUUCCCGGUGGUCUGCUGCUGUGUCCGCCGGGAGACUGUAUGCAUCAAAUGUCAGGAAAAGUUCGACAUUGCCCUCCCCGCCAUCAACUAA